UUUUGUAAACAAAGAGUUGUUCUUGAUUGUAAUUUCUAUUUACUAAUUAUUUUCAACGUUCCUUAACAUGAAUUUCAAUCUCGACGACCCACUUGCUGGCAUUCUAAGUGAUGGUAGUGAUGAUAGUUUCUUUGACGAUGAUAUAAUUGGGAAAAAGAAAACACCGAAGAAAAAAGCUACAACACCAAUAGCAGAAAAGAAAAGUGCUCUUUUUGAUUUAGGGGAUACUGAAGAUGUUUCUUCUAAAAAACCUCACAAUGCAAUGGAAAGAAGAGAUUCACUGUUUGGGCUGGGAGAUUCCGUACCGAUUGCUGAAGAUGUGAAGCCACCAGUAAGAACUGAGAGCAAAUCACCUGCGCCAUUUCGAAGGGCAGUUUCUAAGGAAUCCAUCGACUUUGCUUCUUCAGAAUCAGCCGCAAAACUAAAAACAGUUCCUAAAUCUCCAAGUAGACCUAAGCCAGCUGCUAUUGAUAAAUUAAAUAUUUUAGAUGAAAUGGGCACAGCAUCAGUUGAAGAUAAUCAAAAAACUGUAAAUAAGGGUAAAAAAUCGCAAGGAAUUUUAGAUGAUAUACUCGGGGGAUCCUCAUCUAAAUUGGAGACGAAUUUAAGUAAAAACCCCCGAUCAUCCACUGCUGCUAAAAGCCAAGAAUUUGAUUUAGAUUCUAUCUUAGGAAAGAGUGAUUCAAAACAAAACAUUGCAUCCAAUAAACCAUCGAAACAAAAUGUUACACCUGAUAUACCUAAACAAGAAGCUACAGCAAAAAAGGUGAGUCAACCAAAGAAAAAAUCUAGUGAUGACUGGCUUGGUAUUUUCGAUACUAAAAAAACGGAGGAUGAAGAAGACGAUGCUAUGCCGUCAUGGCUUCUCGGAGACAAGGCACCAAAAAAGAAACAAAAUGACCAGCAAGAACCUCCUAUGGCACCAAAACCUCAAUCCCCAGUCAAAGAAAAGAAAGAUAUCGAUAGAAAGGAAGAAAUACCGAAAGAAAUGGGAUUAAACAUAACGGUCCCAAGUUCGAACUUAAUGCAUGCUAGUAAUGAAGACAUAACAACAGAAGGAGCAAACCUAUGCUUGCAGCAGCAAGAGUCACAACUAAUGGUGGCAUUGCAACUAAAAGCACAGGAGGAGAAACUGGUCGCAAUGCAGAUGCGUCAAGAGGAGUCGUCGCGGCUACAGCGCGCGGCUACGCAGGCGCACCAAGCACAGGUGGACGCCAUCUUGCGGCGGCAGGCGGACAACCGGCGGCAGAUGCAGGAGGUCAUCGCCGCCCACCAGGACCGCAUCACUGAGAGGAUCCGGGCGCUGCUAGGACCACCUAAAGAUGUUACUGAAACUGCCGGUGAAGAGAACAACGAAACACAAACUGAGCAAAGAGACUCUCCACACAUGAAGGAGAAAAAGCAGCUGUUACAGCUCGUGCAAUCCUUGCAAGAGAACCAUGACAAGGAAAUAGAUCUCAUGGAAACAUCUUACAGGCGCCAGAUAGCUUUCCUCGAGAUAUCGCUGAGUCAAGGCGAAGAGAGAAUGAAGGAAGAGAGUGAGAAAGUGGUGAAAUACUACCUCGAGAAGAUAAACUGGCUGGAAGAACAUCACCAUUUGCACAAAAAGAUGACUGAAGAGAACUUAAAAUCUAUUGCAGAACGCCAUAAAGCUGAAAAUGAGAUGCUGAGACAGCAACAUUUGGAAAACAUAAAAGUUUUACAAGAACAUCAUGUAACUUUAAUGGAAAAUAUAAAGAAUUCAGUGAAGCAAGAACAAGUUCUCAUAAAGGAUUCAACUGAGUUUUCGUCUAAUUUGUUAGAAAUAGUGGCAGAUGUACAAGAUAGCAAAUCGCAGAUGAAGCUGUUAGUUGAAAAAGUUCAAUCGAUUGUUGAAAAUUCUCAAAGAGACACAGAUAAAAGUUUGCAAUAUAGAGAAAAACAUAUAGGAGAUUUGAUGCAACAACUAACAAAAGAAAGAGAAAAUUUUGAUGUUGAAAAAAAUGAGAGCCGAGAGAUGAUUAAACUCCUUGAGACGAGACUGAAACAAAUGACUUCGUUAAUUGAAGAAGAGUCUGCGACAUUGAAACAGAAAAGAAUGGAAUUUGAAUUUGAGAAGGCAACAUUUAAUAAGCAAACUGAGUUUGCCAAAAAUGUUCUGAAAAAACAAGAUGAGGAAAUAAAGAUGAUAAAAGACGAUAUCCAAAAAGAAUAUCAAGACAAAAUUGCAAGGAUAGAGGAAGAAAAAUCUAAGGCACAAAAAGAUAGCUUAGCAGCUGCUAAGGCGAAGUCAACUAUACAAAAUUUGCAUCAAGAAUUAGAGAGAAUGAAAGCUGAACUUCAAGCGCAAUUGGAAGAGGUAAACGAGGAACGAUCAAAGCUCAAUAUUGACAAACAACAGUUACACAUGGAAGAACAAAGAGUCCUUGCUAGGAGUCGCGACUUAGAUUUGUUGGCCAAAACUGCUGUGGAAAAACAAACACAAGCCGACAAAAAGUACUCUGAAGCGGAAUUUAUACAAAGAAAAUAUGAGGAAAGGAUACGCAGGAUACAGGAACAUGCCGUUUCCUUGAACUCCAGAGAGAAACAGAUUGCUAAAGAGAAGGUGGCCCUCUCAAGAGAACGCUUGAGCAUUCACAACGAAAAGAAACAGAUCGAAAGCAGACAACAGUGCUCAUUGUGUAAAUCAACACAGAAUAUGUCACAGUAUGCUAAUUACGACGCGUGCUAUACACUCCCGGAUUCUUUCCUUAACGUUCCUGUCACAAGAGAUUUUACUAGCGCCAAUUUAGAACCAACCUUAAAUCCAGUGGACACAGAGAUUUCUACCUUGUUACGUCGACAAUUUAGUGCAAGAAAUGCGUCUGAUAUCAAUAACGUUGGAACUUAUGAAAAUAACCAUGAUAUAAUGUUUAAUGACAAUUUCGAAUCGAUCCAGAGAGACGCAAACGGGCCUUUAAAGGAUUACAUGGAUCCCAAGUUUAUGAUGCUACGCUUAGAUGUUCAAAAAGUAAUUAGUAAUUUAAAACAAAAUGAGCAAGAUGACGAAAGUAAUGAAGACAGUUUAGAAGGAAACCACGAUGUAUAGUUUUUGGAGUAAGUACAAAUAAGUUACUUGAAGUAAGAAAUAAAAGACUGACUUAUAUUA